AUGUUGAGACCACACAGUACGUACCCCUUCACAUGCAAGAAAAAGUGGCGAAUGGCUUUCACUGCCAUUUCCUUUGUCAAGCUUCUUCACCAUCUCUCCAAGAAAGCUCUUCAUAUGAAGCCCCAAACCCUCUUCCGUUCCUUCUCCUACCGCGCCAUUGAUGUUGGUCCUCCACACGUGUCUUCCCCAAGUGACAAACUUUCCAACGUUGAUCCCAAACUACUCAGUGAAAUGGUAGGGGACAAGAGACUCGACUCUCUCACCCAAUUUGGGGACGUCAAAGAACUCGCUGCACUUCUUGGAACUGAUUUCAAGCUUGGCAUAAGCGACGGCAACGAUGACAUUGAUCGCCGAAAACGUGUUUUCGGUGUCAACGUGUUCACUAGGCCUCGAUCUCGAGGUUUGCUUUCCUUUGUCCUUGAAGCUUUCAAGGAUUCCACUAUCAUCAUCCUUUUGUUUUGUGCCGUGCUUUCCCUUGGCUUUGGAAUAAAGCAACAUGGGUGGAAGGAGGGGUGGUACGACGGAGGAAGCAUCAUCUUGGCGGUUAUUCUCGUUAUUGUCGUGUCUUCCGUGAGUAACUUCAACCAAUCUAGACAGUUCAAGAAGCUUUCUGCGAAGAGUGGCAAAAUAGGAGUUGAAGUGGUACGAGGUGGUCGACGCCAGAGCGUGUCGAUCUUUGAGGUGGUAGUGGGUGACGUUGUGCACUUGAAGAUUGGCGAUCAGGUUCCCGCGGACGGGUUGUUCUUAGAGGGACAUUCGUUGAAGGUGGACGAAUCCAGCAUGUCGGGGGAGAGUGAUCACGUGAAUGUGAACGCUGACGCAAACCCUUUCUUGUUAUCUGGCACAAAGGUCGUUGAUGGUUUUGCACGCAUGCUUGUAACUUCUGUGGGUAUGAACACCGCAUGGGGUGCGAUGAUAGGCUCGAUCACGAGAGAGCUUGAUGAGGAGACACCUUUGCAAGUUCGUCUUAAGAAAUUGACUUCAGCUAUUGGCAAGGUUGGUUUGUUUGUGGCUGCGCUUGUUUUGGUGGUGUCUAUGGUGAGAUACUUCACAGGAAAUACUAGAGAUGAUCUUGGGAACCGAGAAUUUGUCGGAAGAAAGACAAAGUUUGAUGAUGUCAUGAAUGCGGUUGUGGGGAUUGUUGCUGCGGCUGUGACGAUUGUGGUGGUGGCCAUUCCAGAAGGGUUGCCAUUGGCUGUUACGCUGACUUUGGCUUAUUCCAUGAAGAAAAUGAUGAGGGAUAAUGCCAUGGUUAGGAGAAUCUCUGCUUGUGAGACAAUGGGGUCGGCAACAAUAAUCUGCACUGAUAAAACUGGUACUCUUACAAUGAAUGAGAUGAAGGUGAGUGAGGUUAGGGUGGGAAAAAAGCUAAUAUUAGAAGCUGAGAAAUUGGCGCCGAGUUUAGUCCAAUUAUUGAAGGAAGGAAUUGGGCUGAAUACCACUGGAAGUGUUUACCAGCCCCAAGAAAUUUCUCUGCCUGAAAUUUCAGGUAGUCCUACUGAGAAAGCGUUGCUUUCUUGGGCGGUGAUGGAUCUGGGGAUGGACAUUGAUGAAGUGAAGCAGCAUUGUGAGAUAAUUCACGUGGAGACGUUUAACUCUGAGAAGAAGAGAAGUGGGAUUCUUAUGAAGGAGAAGAGAGGAAGCAACAGGGUGCAUACGCACUGGAAAGGUGCUGCUGAGAUGAUAUUGGCGAUGUGUUCAAAUUACUAUGAGAACACGGGGGAAAUCAUGAUCAUGGGCGAUGAAGAACGAGCACAAAUUGGGAACAUUGUGAAGAGCAUGGCUACCAAAAGUUUGCGAUGCAUUGCCUUUGCCCAGAAGAGUUCCAACGGGAAUGAAAACAUUGAAAAGCUUGAAGAGUCUGAGCUAACAUUGUUGGGGAUACUUGGACUGAGAGACCCUUGUAGGCCAGGAGUCGAAGCAGCAGUUGAAUCCUGCAAGAAAGCUGGAGUGAAGAUCAAGAUGAUCACUGGAGAUAAUGUGCACACAGCGAGGGCCAUAGCCUCAGAAUGCGGGAUUCUCGAGCCUGAUGAAGAAUUCGAUGAAGAAGCGGUAGUGGAAGGCUGUCAGUUCAGAAAUUACUCAGCUGAGGAGAGAAUGGAUAAGAUCGAUAGAAUCAGAGUGAUGGCGAGGUCAUCUCCAUUUGACAAGCUUUUGAUGGUUCAAUGUUUGAAGCACAAGGGUGAGGUGGUGGCAGUUACAGGUGAUGGCACAAACGAUGCACCUGCCCUGAAGGAAGCUGAUAUUGGACUUUCCAUGGGAAUAGAAGGCACUGAAGUGGCAAAGGAGAGCUCAGACAUUGUUAUCCUUGAUGACAAUUUCUCGUCUGUGGUCACAGUACUAAGAUGGGGAAGAUGUGUGUACAUAAACAUCCAAAGGUUCAUUCAGUUUCAGCUCACAGUUAACAUUGCUGCACUUGUAAUAAACUUUGUGGCAGCAGUUUCUUCUGGUAAAGUGCCUCUGAAUGCUGUGCAGCUCUUGUGGGUUAACCUGAUCAUGGAUACUCUUGGAGCUUUGGCCUUGGCCACUGAGGAACCGACCAAUGAUCUCAUGAAGAUGCCACCUGUGGGGAGAGUUGAGCCACUUAUAACUAAAGCUAUGUGGAGGAACCUCAUUUCACAGGCAUUAUAUCAAGUGUUUGUGUUACUGAUUUUGCAAUUCAAAGGAAGAUCAAUCUUUGAUGUGAGUGAGAAGGUGAAGAACACUAUUAUUUUCAACAUUUUUGUCCUCUGCCAGGUUUUCAAUGAGUUCAAUGCAAGGAAGCUGGAGAAAAAGAAUAUCUUUGAGGGGCUUGGUAAGAACAAGUUGUUCAUAGUAAUUGUGGGUCUGACUAUGGUUCUUCAGGUUGUGUUGGUUGAGUUUCUGAAGAUGUUUGCUGACACUGAGAGAUUGAGUUGGGGCCAAUGGGGUGUUUGUGUUGCCAUUGCAGCUUUGUCUUGGCCAAUUGGCCUGCUUGUGAAGUGUAUCUCUGUCGGUCCCAGCAAAUAGCUUCACAAGACUGUCAUUCAUGGAAGAUCUUUUAUUUUGCUUUCAUUACUUUUUCUUUCGCAUUGCACACUGUGGUGACCUUUUAUAUUUUUCUUUGACAUGUUCUCUUCAAAUUGAAAGACCCU